ACAAAUAGAAGCCAUGCGUCCAAAAGCGAGAUGGGGAACCGCCAUAUUUUUAACCCUGUUAGUGCUUGCAGGGACCCACGGGGCCUACGCACAGUCUGAUGAGAUGUCAGAAGAACAACUCUUGGAAAGAAUCCAGACGGUCCUGGAGAAAAUCAGCGAAUCCCUCGACGAACUCAUGAAUGCAGUUCAGCCCACAACUACUGCUAGUCCUCCCACUACUAGUUUGGCCUCCACUGUUGUAACGUCGACAGACUCUGGUACCAGUGGUAGUUCAGAUCCAGAAGCUACUACCACCAUUUCUCCGACCACUUCUUCAUCCACCAUUAGCUCUUCUGCUGGCACAACCACUUCCCCGUCCACCACUAGUACUUCUACUAUCACAACCGCUUCCCCGACCACUACUAGCACAACCACUUCCUCGACCACUAUUAGCACAACCACUUCCCCGACCACUGCUAGCACAACCACUUCCCCGACCACUACUAGCACUUCUACUAGCACAACCACUUCCCCGACCACUACUAGCACUUCUACUAGCACAACCACUUCCCCGACCACUACUAGCACAACCACUUCCCCGACCACUACUAGCACUUCCACUAGCACAACCACUUCCCCGACCACUACUAGCACAACCACUUCCCCGACCACUAUUAGCACUUCUACUAGCACAACCACUUACCCGACCACUGCUAGCACAACCACUUCCCCGACCACUGCUAGCACAACCACUUCCCCGACCACUACUAGCACAACCACUUCCCCGACCACUACUAGCACAACCACUUCCCCGACCACUUCUAGCACAACCACUUCCCCGACCACUACUAGCACUUCUACUAGCACAACCACUUCCCCGUCCACCACUAGCACUUCUACUAGCACGACCACUUCCCCGACCACUACUAGCACUUCUACUAGCACAACCGCUUCCCCGACCACUACUAGCACUUCUAUUAGUACAACCACUUCCCCGUCCACCACUAGUACUUCUACUAGCACAACCACUUCCCCGUCCACCACUAGUACUUCUACUAGCACAACCACUUCCCCGUCCACUACUAGCACAACAACUUCCCCGACCACUACUAGCACAACCACUUCCCCGACCACAACUAGCACUUCCACUAGCACAACCACUUCCCCGACCACUACUAGCACAACCACUUCCCCGACCACUACUAGCACUUCAACUAGCACAACCACUUCCCCGACCACUACUAGCACUUCCACUAGCACAACCACUUCCCCGACCACUACUAGCACUUCCACUAGCACAACCACUUCCCCGACCACUACUAGCACAACCACUUCCCCGACCACUACUAGCACUUCCACUAGCACAACCACUUCCCCGACCACUACUAGCACUUCCACUAGCACAACCACUUCCCCGACCACUACUAGCACAACCACUUCCCCGACCACUACUAGCACUUCAACUAGCACAACCACUUCCCCGACCACUACUAGCACUUCCACUAGCACAACCACUUCCCCGACCACUACUAGCACUUCCACUAGCACAACCACUUCCCCGACCACUACUAGCACAACCACUUCCCCGUCCACCACUAGCACAACUACUUCCCCGACCACUACUAGCACAACCACUUUCCCGACCACUACUAGCACUUCCACUAGCACAACCACUUCCCCGACCACUACUAGCACUUCCACUAGCACAACCACUUCCCCGACCACUACUAGCACUUCCACUAGCACAACCACUUCCCCGACCACUACUAGCACUUCCACUAGCACAACCACUUCCCCGACCACUACUAGCACUUCCACUAGCACAACCACUUCCCCGACCACUACUAGCACAACCACUUCCCCGUCCACCACUAGCACAACCACUUCCCCGGCCACUACUAGCACAACCACUUCCCCGUCCACUACUAGCACUUCUACUAGCUCAACAUCAGUGUCCAAAGCCUCCUUCUACCGCCUAGCAGCUGACCGCCAGACGUCCGACCUCUGCACGCCGACGGCCGACUCGGAUGACCUCUGCCAGCGCCUCCAGACCGUCCUCGCGAGCAUCGAGUACUCCACGACGGAGAUCGCUGACGGCACAGUGACUCAGCAGAUCCUUGGGAGUCUUGAGGAGGAUUCCCAAACGCUGGAUGUUGUGGUCGAGGAUGUUAAGGAGGAUGACGAUUUCGAGUUUAACGAGGCCGCUCUGGUUGAUAAGAUCGAAGAGGUCAAGAUGGCCACAGACGAAGCCCAUAAAUACACAGAAGAAAAGCUAAAUGACAUACAAAACGAUUACACCCUCGUGAUUGUGUUAAGUGUCCUGGGUUCCCUUGUGGUUCUCAGCCUGCUUAUCGCCACGGGCUUCGUUCUGCACCGAAGGACGCGUAUGAAGAAGACAUAUAAUCAGGUAAUUGGCGAAGAGGUACCUGUACAGAAUUUCCUAGUCAGUGGCCAAGAUAACGAUGGUUACCAGCACGAUGAGCCUAGAGCACGCCCGCCGUCCACUGUCCCCCGCCCACGCACCCAUCGAGAUGAGAAGGAUAUCUCCACGCCUUACAAGGACCCCCGCGCUGAAUCCUCCCGCCCCGCCCACGCAAAUCCGCACAGGCAACGCCCAUACCCCAGCGAGAGGCCAAACACUAGUCUCGACAGGCAUUCCCAUUACCCACCCUCCUACGCCGCUUCCGAAACAAGCCUGGACAGAAACGCACGCCGCCCUCACACCAGCCCGGACCGCCCUUACACCAGCCCGGACCGCCCUUACACCAGCCCGGACCGCCCUUACACCAGCCCUGACAAGUACGGCCGCCAGCCCCCUGUUCACAGAGGGUACGACUCGAGUCUUGACAGGUACGGGAGGCGGAAGAACGACACCGUGAGAAGAGACGAAGACAGGUACGACCCUUACUCACUCGACCGCCCUGGUGUCCAGAAGAAGAUUUACGUGGGAAAACUGCGGAGAAUUGAACCUUGAUGCAUGCAAAUAAAAUCGCUGUUUUAAAAAAGAAAUGUACAACGUAUUUGUAAUAAUUAUAGGAUAUGUAUGAAUUCCUUCAUCAUAACUAUUAUAUUUGUCUAGUUUAUGCACAUGUAUAAUAUACACAUAAACUGUAUUUAUAUAUAUAUUUUUUAGAGUGAGUGUAUAUGUAGAUAUAUAUCGUGUUUAUAAAUACAUGUGUUAGCUGAAAAAAAAUGUUCGCAUUGUGUAGGCGGACAAACAUGUAUUUCCCAAGAAGAACAUUUUUAUUUGAAUGGAUUUGAUAUUGCUUUAUAAUAAAUGAUCAGUGACAAAAAAGGAAACGUCCUCAUUAGAUCCACGUCAUUUCUAUCUCGUGUUAUAUUAGCAGGUAGAGGAAUUUUGUUCAUGGAAUAUCAAGGUUGCCAUUGUGAUAAAAGUACACAUUGUAUCCUUACAUAGUGAUACAGUAAUAGAGUAGAUAUGUAUUGUAUCUAAUCAAACGUAUAUACAUUGAUAGAAACAAAAACAAUAAAUGUGAUAUAUCUAUAUAGAGUUGUAAGCAUGAUUAGAAAAUUAAAGAUUUUGUUUCUGCUGUUGCGUAUAGAGACAGACAGACGUGUUUUUCGUUGGAAAAAAAGUUAAAUUUCUUAUACAAUACGCGUCUGACUCUAAAUAUAAAAGUCUUGUCUUCAAAUUGGUGUCAAGAGCAUGUAUUAUUAUGAAAGUUUCUCAUCAUGACAAAUAACUGUUCUACAGAGAGUUUUUUUUUCUACCAGACCAGUAAAUUCCUUGUCUAUACGCUUUCACAUUCUAGUAAUUCUACAUUUCUAAAAGACUUAUGAGUCGAGUGUCAUGAGGGGUAUUGCCCUAUUUUGACACAGGUGAAAUGCUUUGAUUAUUCCUUUGAUUUUUAUCCAAAAAUGAUUCAAAUCUGCAGAUAUAUUGACAAAUAUAUAGAUUAUAUUUUGAUGUACCAAAUAUAUGAUUCUACAUAUCAUUUGAAUAUUUUCAAAGAUACACAAUUAAAAUGUUCAAUCCACUUUAUUUUUUGUCAUUCACUCCACCAAGUUUUUGCAUGGGCCUUUCUAGAUAGCACCUUAAUUAUCUUUAAUGAUUGGUAGAGUAUCAUGUUUAACUUUUGCAAUAAUAACAAUAGUAAUAAUAAUAAAUGUUCGAGGUCACAUACUUUAGUACCUUCAUAAGUGUAUAGUUUGUGCUUAGGAGCUAGUACUAUCACCAAUGAUUACAUAAAUAUAUAUAUCAACAAAAGACAAAUAUUCUUACACAAGAAUUAACCAUAUUACGAACACAAACCAAAGAGGAAAGAGGAAUUCCUAAUUUUCAAACUUGAAUAAUGUGUUAGUAGAUUAAGUUAUUCGUAAUGGAGUUGUGAUGGAGGUCUUUUUACACUCGUCCUUCUCUGCUUUGUAAAUACCUAAUGUAUUCUGAAGUCAGAUGCUUUUGAAGAGCCAGGAAAGAAUUAUGCAUCUACUUUUUUUCAUCCCUUCUCGGUGUCACAGUAAAUCUCAAUAAAGAUAAGUAUUUCAGUUGAAAAUCCGAUGAAAGUUGCUACAUAGGUUAUAGGCUCGAGUGAUUCGAGUUUUCGAGGCCAGUGAAGGUUGGCUUUCGGUAAAUGCUUCAAUGGAAGAUGCCAUUGUUAUAAGUAAAUAGCGUGUUUUCUUGCAUCUCUCAGGUAUACUUGAUGCCUGGGUGUUUCAAGCUGAGACAUGUCAUAAAAUCUUUCUCAGUAAUAAGAGAACACUCCCAACUUCACUCACACCCUUUCUAUAACACAUUUCGGUAUUCUAUCCUCCCACACAGACCUUAUCAUCUCAGAAUCCUGGCUUAUACAGUAGAACCAAACCUGAACUAAACAAUACAUCCACCGCAACCAUCUUAUUCACCCUCCAUCUCAAGCAACAUCCACUUUGGUUAGUUUACCAUACUGGCGGUUAUAAACUUUAUAUAUGUUAUUCUAUUCCAUCAAUAUGCUUAUAUUGUAUGAUUACAUUAUAUGUUUUCAUUUGCAUGUGUCUAUGUAUAUAUUGUUCCUCUUUGCCUUUGCCAGUACAC